CCCACUCUUCGAGAGCGCCCGAAUGGCCUGUGGUCCGGGCCCAAGCAGCUUGUCGACGGCAUCUUCCAGCAGAGUCAACCGCUCCUUCUCGGUCGUUGCCCGCGGGUAGUCUGCGUGCAGGACAAGAGACGCAAAGUCUACAAGAAAAGUGUCGCCGGCGGAGAUGCGACGUGUGGCCACAACGCCGAUCCCCUUGCCGUCGAUCUGGGCUAG